AGCUCUCGAUCUUCACCUUCGUCCCCUACAAAAGCACCUCGACCCGAUCGCCAUGUUCGUCUCUGCCGCUCUCCUCAUCGCCGCCUUGCCUUUGGCUUUCGCUCAAGUAGAGCAAGAGCCUAUUCUCUCCUUCAGCUACCCUAUCGCUCGAGGUAACGCUGGAGAGGUCUCGAACAUUGCCCCUUGCGCCGGAUUCGCGCAGGGCGGUCGACUUGAGUAUCCGUUGACCGGUGGCGAUGUUUCGAUCACCGCCAUCAAGGACGCCAAGUUGCUCAACUUUGCCUAUUCGACCAACGCCGAUCCUCAAUCGGUCGACGACUUUACCCGGAUCGGUGGCGAUUUCGAGGUCCAGCAUCGGGGUACUACCUGUCUCUCUUUCCCCGACAUGGCCGCUGCCGGUUUGACCGCCGGUCAGAACGUCACCCUUCAAAUGAGGUGGGAAGCUGGGCCUCGAAACUAUGUCGGAUACGCUUGUGCCGACGUUACGCUGGUCGAGACCCCCGCCGACGUCUCACCCAUCAACUACACCUGUACCACGACCUACCUCUCUACCCAGACCCGAGGCAACGCCAACCCCGAGCUCACCAAACUUCGGGAGGCUGCUGCUUCCGAGUCUGCCGUCGAGAGCGCCAAAGCCAUGGCCGAUGCCAUCUGGAGGUACGGCCCCGGUGGAGUCUCUGCGCCUGCCGCUGGUGGAAUCGGCGCUGGAGUUACCCUCGCCGUCGUCGCUCUGGUUCUCAUCGCUGGAUGGGCUACCGGAGCCGUCGCUUUCGGCAAAAGGCACGCUCAGGCUUUGAAGCAGUCGCACCAGCACCCUAUUCAGGAGACCAAGUCGAUCUCUUCGUCCGUUUGAGCGGCAAAGUAUCGGGGUAAAACUCCUUCAUUCCUCCGUGGGCAUGAUCAUUAUAAACCGCGAUUGGCACGCCUGAUCGUUUCCUCUCCCUCAUAAAUCUCGAGUAGUCUCACAGUAG